UCGUAAUGUCCAGCCAAAUUCCUUUCCAUGUUCAAGAGGAAAUCCUCAAAAGGCUUCCUGUGAAAUCAUUGAUUCAGUUUAGAUCUGUCUGCAAAGCAUGGAGGUGUUUAAUCGAUAGCGCUUAUUUUAUUGCUGCUCACACCGUUGGCAAAGAUCAGUGUCAACAACUACUUAUAAAGUAUGUGGUAGGAGAGGAGGCGCGAUAUGUUUCUAUUGUCGACGAUGACACUUUCCCCCAACAGAGGUUUGUUCCGACUCUUCCCCUUUCCGUUAAACUACUUAAAAGGCCAUGCUUAGUCGGUAGCUGUAAUGGGUUGUUGUGCUUGGAUGGCUAUUAUUAUGCUCCAGAGAGAUCUCAUUCUAACUUUGAAAAGCGGAAGGUUUUACUUUGGAAUCCUUCAAUCAGAAAAUCUAUUGCUAUUGAUGUGCCUGUGACAUAUCAUGUGCAUGAUCAAACAACUUUUGGUUUUGGGGUUUGUCCUGUUACUAAUGACCCCAAAAUUGUCAUGAUUCCACAACUUGGUCCAAUGCAUGAAAAAAAGAGCGAAAUUAACAACCCUCGGGGAGUUAUGAUUUAUACGUUAAGUUCAGGGGAAUGGAGAAGUCCAUCCAGCAAUGUGUGGAGAAAAUCAGUCCGAGUUAGACCGUAUGGAGUAGUUGUUGAUAGGCUUAUGUAUUGGUGUGGUUCGCAUCAGAUGGAAAGAGACGGUUGGGUACAAUGGACGUCUAAUCUGAUUAUGUCAUUUGAUUUGACUAAUGAAAAUUUUGAAAUAAUAGACCUCCCAGAUAGUUUAGCGCGCCACCCUCCCGUUAGGCUUUCUGUUUCCAAAAUAAGGGAUUCUCUUGUUGUUAUUGAAGACAGUUUUUUUAACAAAGAGAAACAGCAUUGUGCUGUAUGGAUGAUGGAGAAUGGUGCUCAAAAAUCAUUUACAAAGCUAUUCACUGUUAUUUCACAACAUGCGUUAAUUAUGCCACUGGGAUUCAGAAAGAAUGGCACACCUAUAAUGGAAGUGGACGAGUAUGGCUAUGAAAAAAGUCAAAUUAUGGUAUAUGAUCCCAACUCACAACACUUCAAUGAUCUUGAAAUUUUUGGAAAAAGGUAUUGCUCCACCGUGACUUCGUUCAUGGAGACACUACUUUUGCUUGGUAGGUCGGAUUGUUAUAGUUUUUGACAUAAAUCGAGGACAAACAUAAUGAAAAAACAAGAACUGAUGAAUUCUGGAGCAAGCAAUUGAGGAUGAUAUUGGCAUAUUGCAAGACUAGUUAAAUGCACAAUAGCUGUGGGAUGAAUGUGUUUAACGUUAAUGAUGAUUGAUAAAUCUCACAUUUUUAUUAACCUUAAUUUAAUCGAUUAGAUAUGUUUUGUUAAUGUUAAAUGGCAUAGAUUGCUUCAGGCUUUAGUAACCUACCACAAGGUAUUUCUACUUAACAUAAGAAUUUUCUGUCUAUAUUUUUGUUAAAGAGUCCAU